GUAUUUGAACUCAUUAAUCAUUAUUUAAUAAAAAGAUCGACCCCUUUUAACCAUACAUUCUUAGAACCUGGAAAACAAAACAGAGUUUUGACAUGGAGAAGGAACGAAAGAUGAAGUUGGAAGAAUACAAGAAGGAAAAGUAUGUGGAAUCUGCUCAGCCUCCAUAUUCUGCACAACACCCUUGGCUUGUUAUCUGUCAUGGUGAGGACCUGGAAAAGCAAAGUUUUUUCAGUGUAUCAGAGAAUCGAUAUUAUAUGAGACAUAUACAUGAACUUAAAGAAAAAAUAAUAUGUGCUUAUGCUGUUGAGUGGCUCGUGUUAGAAAGCAUUUAUUCUAGUGAAUGUUAUCUUUGGAAUCUUAUUUCAAACGAUAAAAUUCAACUCCCACCACUCCCUGCCGAGUGCGAGAUACUCAAGUGCCUCUUGUCUGCACCACCCCAUGAUCCCGAAUGUCAGAUUCUCUUCCUAAUUAAAGAGACUGAGACUGCCACUGAUGAGGAUGAUGAUGCCACUGAUGAGGAUGAGGAUGCCAUUGAUGAGGCUGAUGAUGAUAACUCUGAUGAUGAGAACUCCGAUGAUGAGAACGUCGAGGAUGUAAAUCAGCCUACUUUUUACUUUUGCAAGCCAGGUUAUGAUGAAGAAUUUCAUACACGAGAUGUCCCAUCAAUUAUUAAAAAUGGGCAUUGUGGGAUAUGGACAGUUUUUAAGAGUAAAUUUUAUGUAUUAACAUUUCAGACACGUCUUCUAAUCUGUUUGGAUCCAGAUAAUGAUUCAGGUAGAAUAACAGUCAGACGAAUGGCUAACGAAUCUCCAGACAUAAGGAGAUACAGAGACAUAGAGUGCUUUCAGAAUUACAUCAUUCAAUCCUCCGACAAUAUUGAUAUGUUGUUAUACGUUCACGUGUUUUUUAGCGGGAAAAACCAUGGAAUGCCAUACCAUUUUCUAGUAUUCCGGUUUGACUUUGUAAAAAAGAGGUGGAUAGAGGCGGAAAGCAUCGGGGAAAUAGCAAUUUUUGUAAGUUCUUGUAUAGGAGCGGGGACGACUUGUUCCACAAGAGGCACAAAUCUUAACAGAGAAUCCAUCUACUUCACCGACGAUCGUUAUCUCUACAUCUACAACUUGAUGACACAUAGCAUAUCAUUAUCUCUCCCUUGCCCACAUGUUGCCAAGAGAAACCCCUACAUGCACUGGUUAACACUAAAUUAGUAAAUGUUUAAUUAGCUUUUCGUUAGUAUUACAAUUAAUGUUUAGUGAUACUUGAUAUAGUUUUUGUUGAUUUGCAUUUUGCACAUUCAGGCUUCAUGUUAACUUCUUAUUAUUUUUUCUAUUCUUAUUCAUUAUUUUCAAACAUACAAUACAUAAAAAAGUUGACAAUCUA